AUGGCCAUUGGAUUUUGGCAAACUAUUUAUUUAAUUAUUAAAACUAUUUAUUAUAUGCAUUUAUUCAUAACAAAAUAUUUAUUUAUAUCAAAAACAAUUAUUGGUGAACAAUUAAUUGAUCAAUUAAAUGAAUUAAAUAAUAAUAAUAAUAAUAAUCAACAAAAUAAUCCAUAUCCAUCAUUAUCACAAUUUGAAUCAUAUCGAAUUAAUAAUAAUCGAUUUAAUUCGAAUGUAGAUCAAUCAUAUAAUUUUUAUACAACUAAUCCAUAUCAAUCAUAUAUGCCAAUUAGUAGAAUUAUUAAUCUAUCUUAUCCUUCUUCUAAUAUACAUGAAAAUAAAUGGAAUACUUAUUUAAAUCGUGUAAAUAAUCAAUAUAUCAAUCAUAGUUCUAUUAAUCAUAUAAGUAAUAGUAAUAUUCAUAGUAUUAAUCAAUCACAUUAUACCUCUAUACCAAAUAUUUUUCCUAAUUUAGUAUCUAAAUUAUCAUCUCCUUUCUCAUCUAUAUCAUCAUUAUCAGAAUCUAAAACAUCAUUAGGUAUAGGAUAUACUCCUGAAAUAUCACAUCCUUUUUUAGCCGGUGAAUCACAAACAGAACAAAUUUUAAAAUAUAUAUUAACUAAUUAUAAAUCACAUGAAAGACCAAAUGAAAAUUCUCAAGAUCCAACUAUUGUUAGUGUAUUCAUUCAUAUUAUAGAUAUAUCAUCAAGUAAUGUAGUACAAAUGGAGUAUACAAUUAAUUGUUAUCUACGUCAACAAUGGUAUGAUCCACGUUUAUCAUGGGAUACUAAUAUUCAAUUAAGUAAUAAUAUUAAAGAAUUAUUAUUAAAUCAACAAAAAAAUCAAUUAUGGCUUCCUGAUUUAUUUUUUCGUAAUGGUAAAUCAGGUUUUUUACAUGAUAUGUCACAACCAAAUUAUUUAUUACGUGUUAAAUCUAAUGGACAAGUAUUAUAUAGUCAAAAAAUUACAAUGACAUUAUCAUGUCAAAUGUAUCUACGGAAAUUUCCAAUGGAUAAACAAGAGUGUACAGUUAAUAUUGGUUCAUAUGGAUAUACAAUUGAUCAAUUAAAAUUUAUAUGGCAUCAUGAUAAACCGGUAACUAUAUCGAAUAAUUUACAAUUAUUAGAAUUUGAAAGUCCACAUGGUGCAUAUACUUUGGAUUGUACAAAAAAUGGUACAACAAAUACUGGAACUUAUAGUUGUCUAUUAUUAAUUAUACCACUUCGACGAUUAAUUGGUUCUUAUAUUGUUACAACUUAUAUUCCAGAAGUUUUAAUUGUUAUGGUAUCAUGGUUAGGAUUUUGGAUUGAUAUUAAAGCAGUACCAGCUAGAGUAACAUUAGGUUUGUUAACAUUACUUGGUUUAUUAACUGAAAGUAGCAGUGUUAGUUCACAAUUACCUAAAGUAACCUAUUUAAAAGCAAUUGAUGUUUGGUUAACUGUUUGUUUAUUAUUUGUCAUCGCAGCAUUAGCUGAAUUUGCUUAUGCUUAUUUAAUGACACCUAAAAAUGACAGUCCUGAAUGGGAACCAGAAGUGAGAGAUUUAGUUAAAACUUUAUUAAUAAAUUAUACUGGUGAAAUUCGAUGUUGUUGUUGUUUCACAAAGAAUCGACAUCAUAAACCAAUUUUUAAAGAUAAUAAUAAUAAUAAUAAUCAAAGAUCUCAGUCACAUCAACCACGAUCCUACAUAGAUACUACACAUAAAAAAUUUAAUUCACACACAAGAGAUAUUGAAUCUGAUCCUGAAUUUACAAUGAAAUCAACGAAAAAAUCAAGUAGAACAAGUAGAUCAAGGCAUAUCAAAUCAACAAAUCUACGUUGUAAAGUUUGUGAAUCAUAUCAACCAGUAUGUUGUACUUGUCCAGCUUGUGCUCGAUUGAAAUGUCCUGAAGCACCAAGAAAAAAACCAACACAAGUAAAAAUAUCAACAAAACAAUCAAAAUUAAAAUCAAUAAAUCAUAAUGAACUAAGAAAAAUCAAUAAAAUUAAAUCAAAUUUAAUUGAUUAUCCUAAAAUAAUAAAACCAAUAAAAAAAACUAAAUUAAUCAAUGAAAAACAAUUACAAUCAAUAAAUAUUGAUUCAUGUCAUAUAUUUAUUGAACCAUUCAAUAAUGAAUUAUUAUUAUUAAAUAAACAACCUAAAAAAUCUGCAUUAAAAGUAAAACAAUCAACAAUAUACAAUAUAAAUAAUAAUGAUAAUAAUAAUAAUAAUAAUUUAAUCCAUUCAAAUAAAGAAUUAAAAAUUACUACAUUUUUAGAUCAUGAAAAGAAAAAUAUAAUAAAUGAAUCAGUAACAUAUUCUAAUCAUAAUAAUCGUCAUGAUUAUCAAUCUCCUCCUCCUCCUCCUCCUUCUCAUCAUUCUCAUCUUGAUCCUCAUAAUCAUCAUGACAAUCAGUAUUAUCAACAAAUGAAUCAAUCCAAUAAAAAAUUAUGGUAUUUAAAAAAUAUUUUAUAUAAAUGUAUAUGUUGUUUUAAAUGUACCUAUCAUGAUCAUCAUGAUCAUUCGAAUGAAAAAUAUCAACCAUUAAUUAAAAUGUUCAACAGAUCAUCUAAAUCAUAUUCAUGUAAAUCAAUAAAAUUUAUAAAUUCUACUCAUACUACUACUACUACUACUACUCAUACUACUAAUAAUAAUAUCCCAUAUGAAUCAAAAAUUGAUGCAUAUAGUCGAUUCAUUUUUCCAAUAUUCUUUGUUUUAUUUUUAUGUAUUUAUUGGUUUUUUUAUUUAGUAUUAGCUAAAGAUUAAUUUUAAAGAAGAAGAAGAAGAAGAAGAAAAAAAAGAAAAAAAGUGAAAUGAGAAUAGAGAACUUAUUGUAUUCAAUAGUUUCAUUAUAAUUACAAUAAGAUGAUGAUGGUAACGGUGACAACGACAACGAUGAUGAUGAUGAUGAUAAUCAGUGAUAAAUGAAUAAUAAAUCAAUAAACAUUAGAUAGACUUAACAAUCGAUGUUAUAUAGAAUUAUUACUUAUUGUCUUUCAGUUAAUUAGUAUCUUUUAUACAAAUAUAUAUACCUAUAUAGAUAUCUUAGUAUAAAACUGUAUACUUAUGAGUACAUGGAUGUAUUAUAUAUAUAUAUAUAUAUAUAAAUGGAUACUAUUUAGCCCAAUUAGUUAGAAUAAUUAAAUUUAUCUGUAUUUCUUCGAAUUUCUUAUCAUCUCUGACAUUCCGUAAUAAUAAUAAUAAUAAUAAUAA